UCUGUGCCACAUCUUCCACUGAAUGAUACGCCGGGAACUGGAGGCAGGAAAGACUACAUAAAACCGAGCCUUUAAGAAAACGAACAUAAACGCUCCUCCUGUUUUAAAUGUAUUAUCUCUAUAUUCCGUUAUUUCCGUAGAGUGUCCGCAUCUGAAGCCUGUCUGGGGUUGGGCUUUUCCAGAGUUUUAACAGUCGGAGGAGGUCAUAAGUUAAAGGCUUAUACACUGUGAGUUAACGGUUUAACUUCGGUGACGCCGAGAGGUGGCGAAGAGGACUCUCUCACAAACGACCAUUACACUCCGAAAAAGAGGAGCGGAAGAAGCCAAGCAGACAAGGACGAGGAGAGUGAAAGCACAGGGAGAGUGCCGAAGUGUGAGAGAGCGCUGUGACAUGGGGAAACAGAACAGCAAGCUGAGGCCCGAGGUCCUGAACGACCUGAGGGAGAACACCGAGUUCACCGACCACGAGCUCCAGGAGUGGUACCGCGGCUUCCUCAAGGACUGUCCCACCGGCCACCUCACUGUGGAGGAGUUCAAGAAGAUCUACGCCAACUUCUUCCCCUACGGCGACGCCUCUAAGUUCGCCGAGCACGUCUUUCGCACGUUCGACACCAAUGGCGACGCCACCAUCGACUUCAGGGAGUUCAUCAUCGCCCUGAGCGUGACGUCACGCGGCGGGCUCGAGCAGAAGCUGCGCUGGGCCUUCAGCAUGUACGACCUGGACGGAAACGGGUACAUAAGCCGAGCGGAGAUGCUGGAGAUAGUUCAGGCAAUUUACAAGAUGGUGUCGUCAGUGAUGAAGAUGCCCGAGGAUGAGUCGACACCGGAGAAAAGGACAGAUAAAAUCUUCAGACAGAUGGACAUUGAUAACGAUGGUAGAUUGUCGUUGGAGGAAUUUAUCAAAGGUGCCAAGAGCGACCCGUCCAUCGUCAGACUGCUGCAGUCGGAUCAGGGAGCCUCUCGUCAGUUCUGAGGACAGAGACGAUCACACAGACACACACACGCUCAUAUCAUUCCAGCUUCUACGCUGUUCGGUCGUCACCACGUCGCUGCUCACCCUCCACACUCCACUGUCUUAAUGUUUACAUUAAUUGAUAUUCUUUUUUUUUCCACUGUGGCGCCUUCUCUGUGGA